AUGGCACCAGUUCAUGUUCUCGAUGACUACUAUCUCGCCAUCAGUUUCCUUAUCUGUUUGGGAUAUCAAUCUAUCUUCUUUGCAAUCUCUGUUGGAUUCAAGACUGAUCAGCUGAACGAUGUUGCUGGUGGAACGAACUUCGUCCUCUUGGCCAUCAUCACGGUCGCUAUGUAUGGCCAGCAUGAGGCUCGCCAAAUUGUCGACAGCAUAUUCAUCAUGAUCUGGGGAGCACGACUGGCUGGAUUCUUACUUUUCCGUAUUAUCAAAACUGGCAAGGACGACCGCUUUGACGACAAGCGUGGAAAGGUCUUGCCAAUGUUGGGAUUCUAUGUCUUCCAAACACUCUGGGUCUGGACUGUCAGUAUGCCUGUGACCGUGUUAAAUAGUCCCAUUGUCAAUCGCUAUCCUCAACCUGCCUUCAACAAAGCCACUGACAUUUUGGCCGUCAUCGGAUUCGGCAUCGGCAUCAUCAUGGAGACUGUCAGCGAUAUUCAAAAGUACAGAUUUAAGCAAGCCCACCAAGAACGUGGCGCUGUCUGCAACAAAGGUUUCUUUGCCUGGUCUCGCCAUCCCAAUUACUUUGCCGAGAUUCUCAUCCAAUUCUGUAAGUUUGUCUCCUGUUGCAGCUUGUGUUUCAGCAAGACUAACAUAUUUCUUUCCAGCNNUAUCUUCAUGCUCGCCGUUACCCCUGCAUCUUACAACUACGUGCAUGGCGGCGCAAAGGCGGCUCUGUUCGCCAGUAUCGUCGGACCAAUCUUCUUGACAACACUGCUGAUGUUUGUGUCUGGCCUGACCUUGCAAGAACGUCCUGGAGCCAAGAAGAGAUAUGAGAAGGGCGAAGGCUGGAACGAGUAUGCCACUUACCUCCACCAAACCAGCAUCCUCAUCCCCUUCCCUCCGGCCCUCUACAAGAAAAUGCCUGUAAUCCUCAAGCGAACCUUGUUCCUCGAGUUCCCGAUCUAUGUAUUUGACCCAGCAAAGCAUGCAGACCAGGAAGCUACACAGAGACAAGCAGAGGAAGGACACAACUGA